AUGUUACGUCUACCCCGGAGUCCAGCCCAUACCUUGUGUCCAGUGCCUGCCACGGUCAUCGUCGACACAUGUCCAGACUGUCCAACAGUAGAGUGCCUGGAUGACCCCAUCAUAGCGGAGACGGCCAAUCUGUCCCUCCAGACAUACAACAGAAAGAGUUGCCUUACCAACUACUACACUCUCCUCAACCUAACAGGAGCUAGCAUGCAGUGGGUUGAGUGUCCGUCCUUCUUUGUGGAGUUCACCAUUCAAGAGACGGUCUCUGCUAAGGACAAUCCUGACGUUGAUCUGACCCAAUGUAAAAUGAUGGACUGUGAAUUUUCAAUGGAGUACUACACUACAGCUACACACUGUCUAUCACAUUCUGAAAUAGCACAAGGGCUUGGCACAGGCUCUCACACCACUCUGGAUGAUGGCAUGUUUGAGAUCAAACUUCCCAUCCAGUUCAAGUGUGAAAUCUUUGAACCAGAGGUUGGGAAUUUCCACAACAGUGCCAUACCAUGAUGGAACCUCAGUAACAUAGAGACAGCACAGCAGUAACCUCAGAAAUUGGGCAGAUGAGACCCCCACAAUGUAGGAGUUUGUUCCAGUCCAGAUCUGACUAAAUUGUGAUGUAAAUUCAGGACCAAGACUAGGUCUAGGGGUAGGGGAAAGGAAGGGGUUGAUCUCGGAGUGGGCAUAAUGUUCUGAUUGACCCAUUUCAUAAGCACUUAAAGUUAUUAUCAUUUUUAUGUCCAUCUCUCAGGCUAGAGAAGAAGUUAUGAGAACCAUAAACAUGCACACACACACACUGCUUGCUGUGGGGUCGUGGUGGUCCUAUCCCCCACCUCAAAGAGCCUCACCAGCAGCAAGCAACUGUCCAGGC